AUGGCGGCAUCCCACGGCAUGGAUUUCGACCCAGUCAUGGAGGCUGAGGUACCUGAGCCUAGUACUGCUGCUGCAGCAGCUGCAACACAUUCCACAGCCCCUCCAUCACCAAAAAAAAAAGCUUCCAGGAGGGCUGCAUCCAGCAGGAAGCGUAACAUUACCUGGACUCAUAUUGAGUGUCAGGUACUUGUGAAUGAAACGCUUCCUUGCUGGAUGCAGCUGUGUGGCCCCCGCUCCAGGGAGACUAGUCCGCAAUGGAAAUUGCAGAAGUGGGAGGAGAUCUCCAAAAAGGUAGAGGAGAUGUAUCACCAUCGGCGUGACCCGGCUGCCUGUCGUAAAAAAUUCAGCGACAUAAAACGAUCUAUUGUGCGCAAACGCAGACAGCCGGGGCGUGGAGGAAAACGGGUGUCUCUCCUGCCCCAUGAGGCAGACCUUUUAUCGGGGAUAGGGGAGGAUGAGAUCACCCAGCUCCAGGCUCAUCAAGAUCGUAUCAAGGCCCAGCGCCGCCAGAAGCGGAGGGCGGAGGAGCUGGAGUCCUCCUCUUCAUCACCAAGAAAUCGUAUCAAGGCCCAGCGCCGCCAGAAGCGGAGGGCGGAGGAGCUGGAUUCCUCCUCUUCAUCACCAAGAAGUGCCAUCCAGUCAGAGGGGGAGACACAGGAGGAGGAGGCUGAGGCGGCAACGCCCACAUAUCGUAUCAAGGCCCAGCGCCGCCAGAAGCGGAGGGCGGAGGAGCUGGAGUCCUCCUCUUCAUCACCAAGAAGUGCCAUCCAGUCAGAGGGGGAGACACAGGAGGAGGAGGCUGAGGCGGCAACGACCACAUCUACUGAGGCUGAGCAGGAGGUGGAAGAGAUCUGCCCUGGAGAAGCUGCUGGCAGUGCUGGGGAUGCUCAAGAUGGUGUCCAACAGCCAGGCGCGUCAGGUCCAGGGAAUCAAGAUGAAUUAAUCAUUCUUGAUUUACAUGCAGUGGACGAAGACCUGGACGCGUCUGGUUUGGCUCACCAUUCUUCCUCCCCAGCAGUUUCUCCAGCGCAUCAUCUCCAUCACCCUUCAGCAGCAUCCCCCAACCAGGACAUACCCAUUGACGCGGGCGCGUCCUCCACAAUGCAGCAGCCUACUCCAGGACACGCGCACUCUCCAGAGCCAUGCAAGCCUCUGCGGCGCAUUGUGAAGUGCCACUGUCAAGAAAGACAGUUAAGGAGGCUGUCUCACUCCUUGGCCCUCCACAAUCGCCAGCAGAUGCGGCAAUAUAUGGCUCUGGAGAGGUACCAACGGGCAACGAGGAGGAUGGUGUGUGAGAAUAUGAGAGCCAUAAACUCCACACUUGAAUGCAUACUGACCAAGUUGGAAGGAAACCAAAGUUUGUAAUUUUUUUUUUUGUUUUCUUUUUAUACAUGUUUGUUACUUUUCAAUA